AAACCGGUCAUCCCCAGCCACCCUGUAGUGAACUGGGUUCAUUUCCUCGACACUAUUUUCCAGUGCUAUCAAUGAGUACAUCACAUGCUCUUCCGCCGCUGGAUCCUUUACUGAAGAGAAGUGCAAAGCGCACGAGAGACAUAUUUGCAUCAUGUCCAAAUGACGGGAUGAAGGAAGAUGAGAAGAGCGCGCGAAUACGUCUCUCUGUGAAGAUUAAUGAUGAAUACCGUGAUUUCAAAGAGCUCCCUCCUGCAUUACUUUCUCAGCAAGGCCCUGUUGGUCCUGUUCGGCCAAAGGAGCAGAGAAAGGCCAUCACUGCUGGACCAUCCAGCGACACAUCAAGAAUGAUUGCCACAAUAGACAACACACCUAAAGUGCAACCGUCCACAUUCGUCACGUCCAAUAAACUCUCUGAGGCUUUAACCUUACACAAAACGACCCGCACCAUCAAGCCAACAUACCAUGCACCAUGGAAGCUUGUCCGCGUAAUAUCUGGUCAUCUGGGUUGGGUCCGCAGCGUGGCAGUUGAGCCAGGAAAUCAAUGGUUUGCUACUGGUGCCGGAGACAGAGUCAUCAAAAUUUGGGACUUGGCUUCAGGGGAGUUGAAGCUUUCACUGACUGGUCAUAUUUCCACUGUCCGAGGGCUGGCUGUUUCACCGAGACACCCGUACUUGUUUUCGUGUGGUGAGGACAAGAUGGUGAAAUGCUGGGACCUUGAAGCCAACAAAGUUAUCCGGCAUUAUCACGGUCAUCUUUCAGGCGUUUACUCGCUGAGCUUGCAUCCGACGUUGGAUGUUUUGGUCACAUCCGGUCGUGAUGCCUCGGCUCGUGUCUGGGAUAUGCGCACGAAGGCCCAAAUCCACGUUCUCGCGGGUCACUCUGCCACAGUAGCGGAUGUAAAGUGCCAAGAGUCUGAUCCACAAGUCAUCACUGGAAGUAUGGACUCGACGGUUCGGUUGUGGGACCUAGCAGCUGGAAAAACAAUGGUCACCCUCACCCAUCACAAAAAGUCUGUAAGGGCCCUGGCAAUCCACCCGACGGAAUAUUCCUUUGCAUCCGGUUCUGCAGGCGGUAAUAACAUUAAAAAAUGGAAAUGCCCAGAGGGUGCAUUUGUACACAAUUUCCCCGGCCAUAACGCUAUCAUAAAUACGCUUUCUGUCAACGCAGAAGGUGUAUUUUUCUCUGGUGGUGAUAAUGGCACACUCACGUUCUGGGAUUAUAAUACGGGAACUCCAUUCCAAAAUCUUGACGAUGUACCUCAACCCGGUUCCCUCGAGGCCGAAGCCGGGGUCUUUUGUUCGACAUUCGAUAUGACCGGAACACGGCUCAUCACUGGUGGUGCUGACAAGACCAUCAAGGUUUAUGCCGAGCAGUCGUAAUGAUUGCUACUUGUAUUUUCGCUCCAUAGUCUUGUUGUAAUAUCUUAUUGUGCUUCCUCAUUCCCGUCUGCACAGGCUAUCCAUGUCGGUUUUAAGGCUUAU